AUGGUUGCAGCAGGUGCAGGGUCCGGAGAACGACUAUGUGGUGGAGAUGGUGGAAUGAUGGAUGGCUUUUCAACUGAUCAAAUGUAUCCAAGAGAAGAUUUUAUUCCAUCAAGCCAUUCCACUGGAGGAACACAAAUAUCAGGAGGUUUUGGUGGAUGCCAUAACAAUUACCAAGCCUGCGGAUCAUCUGGGAGGUUUGGUGUUGGAGGAUCUGGAAAUAAUGCUCAUGAUAAUGGACCAAGUGGCGGUGGAGGGUAUUAUGGUGGUGGUGGUAUUGCGUAUGCUGGAAGUGCAAGUGGAGGAUCAAGUUUUGUGAGCGGAUAUAAUGAAUGUGAUGCAAUUUUCGAAAAUUCUACAGAAAGUCAUAUAUAUCACAGCGGAAAUCCUUUCCAUUACUCAGGUAAGUACUUCACCGAUGGCAUUAUGAUUGAUGGUCAACACGAGAUGCCAACAACAGACAUGACGUCAACCGAGCUUGGACACGACGGCAAUGGUUAUGCCAUCAUCACAUAUAUUUCAUCUAAUGUUAUUUGUUCAUGUCAAAUGAACAUUUAUCUCAUGAAAUACUUUUUAAUUUCAAACUAUUUCAUUAUUUUAUCAUAA